GUUUCGUUCAAAUUUUCAGUUUUUUCAUCCCUAUCCGUCUCCUCUUCUAUUCCUGUUGAUUAGCUGAAGAGAUCCAUCGUCUCCUCAUUGAACAAAUAUGGAUAAUUCUAAAGUUCAAGAAAUUAUUGAAAAGCAAGUGCUCACAGUGGCCAAAGUUGUGGAGGACAAGUUAGAUGAAGAAAUCAACGCCCUUGAUCGGCUCGAUUUGGACGAUAUCGAAGCUCUGAGAGAGCGGCGGCUGCAGCAGAUGAAGAAAAUGGCGGAGAAGCGCAACCGUUGGAUCUCUCUAGGACACGGCGUGUACUCGGAGAUUCCCGUCGAGAAAGACUUCUUUUCAAUCGUAAAAGCCACUGACCGCGUCGUUUGUCACUUCUAUCGAGACAAUUGGCCUUGUAAGGUGAUGGAUAAGCAUUUGAGUAUAUUGGCGAAGAAACAUAUAGAGACUCGUUUUGUGAAAAUACAUGCUGAGAAAAGUCCUUUUUUGGCUGAGAGGCUUAAGAUUGUUGUUCUCCCCACUCUUGCACUCAUAAAAAACGCUAAAGUGGAUGAUUAUGCGGUGGGAUUCGAUGAGCUUGGUGGGACUGACGAGUUCAGCACCGAGGAAUUGGAGGAGAGAUUGGCUAAGGCUCAAAUCAUCUUUUUUGAGGGCGAAUCAUCGAGUCACCUAUCCAAGUCUGGGGCGCAAACCAGGAGGAGUGUAAGGCAGAGCACCAACCGGGAUUCAUCAGAUUCAGAAUGAGUUUGCAUUGUAAAUACUAUGAUCUUAUGGUAAUAAAAAAAAAAAAGUUAAUGGAUUUGAUUUA